GUGUUUUCAAAUUUCAGUAUCACUUUUCCCGUGUCUUCAUUUUCACCUCAUAGUGUCGACAUGGGUUGUGAAGAAGAGAUUCUGAUAGAGCAAGUGUGUGAGAUUUAUGAGAGAAUCUCAAAACUUGAAAGCCUCAAACCAUCCAAAGAUGUCAACAUGCUCUUCACCCAACUUGUUCUCACUUGCAUGCCACCAAGCCCCAUUGAUCUGACCAAGCUUUCCAACAAAAGGGUUCAAGAAACUAGGUCUAAACUCAUCAAACUAUGUGGUGAAGCGGAGGGACUCCUAGAGACCCAUUUCUCUACCCUCUUGGGAACCUUUGAAAACCCUCUUGACCAUCUCAACAUCUUCCCAUACUUGUCAAAUUACCUCAAACUUAGCCUCCUUGAAUUCACAAUCCUCACCCAACACUACACCCCCCAAGAACCCCCUAAACGCAUCGCCUUCGUGGGGUCCGGUCCCCUCCCCCUCACCUCAAUUGUCCUAGCCACUAACCACCUCACUGCAGCCACUUUCCACAAUUAUGACAUUGACCCUUUGGCUAAUUCAAUGGCUUCACGCCUUAUUUCGACCAAUCCUGACCUGUCUAAACGAAUGUUUUUCCACACAUCCGAUGUAAUGGAUGUCACGAGCGAAUUAAAAGACUAUCAAGUUGUUUUUUUGGCAGCGCUUGUGGGUAUGGACAAGGGAGGGAAAAUUAAAGUCAUUGAUCAUUUGGCUAAGUAUAUGGCUCCAGGAGCCACUUUGAUGGUGAGGAGUGCUCAUGGUGCUCGGGCUUUUCUUUAUCCGGUGGUUGAUCCUUGUGAUCUUCGAGGGUUUGAGGUUCUUUCAGUGUUUCAUCCUACCGAUGAGGUGAUCAAUUCUGUUGUGAUCGCACGAAAGUUUCCGGUGCCUAUGCACUCACCUCAUGAUCAUCAUCAGGGGCUUGGCCCUCUUAUGCUGCCUUGCAAAUGUUCUGAUCAUCACAUCCAAGGCUUCAGUCCUCUCAAUCAACUGAUUGAGGAAGUGGCUAUUCAUGAGGAGCAUCUCUCAUGAAAUCUCUCUCUUUCUCUCUCCAACUUAUCCGCCUAUCACACAUGCCAAGGAUUCUCUGACGAAACAAAUUUGAGACAGAGGAUCUGGCCUCAUGAGGCAUAUGGAAAUUUUAUCCAUUAAUUGCUUUUGAUACUUCUAUGCAUGUCUAACUUUUUUUUCUUUUUUUUUUGGUUGCCAAUCUUCUAGCAAUAUAUUUCUCUUUUGUAUCUUUACUUCUUAAUUUUAAGAAUUUAAUAAAAUUACCCUUCAACGAGUGUUCUCGGUUUUUUAUUUCGAUCAA